AUGAAGAUCGUCGCCAUCCUCGGUGGAAGCUACGGCGAGGCCCGUGCUGCCACUAUCCUCGCCAGGGCCUCCACCACGGCUGGCACGUCGUUCUCCUCCACCCCCGGCUCCCUCGUGUCUCCCGCAUACACAGACCCCGCACGCUCGGUCGUGGUACACGCAUCCGUGGCGUCCCUCGCGAAGCACACCCUCACCCUUGAGCGUGCGUUCCCGAAGCACGGCCUCAUCUACACCCUCGGCUCGCACCUCCCCUCUCCCAUCAACCUCUGGACGCCUGCCACGGAGGAUACGGAGAAGGCGGAGGUUCUCGACGUGGCGCGCGGCACGAAGGAGGGCCGGGUCGCGUUCCUCAAGCAGUUCCAACGCCUCUCGCGCGCGGCUUCCAUCCUGGUCGUCGGUGCGGGUGCCAUUGUUAUCCAAUUUGUAUCGGAUGUUGCGGAGAUCUAUCCAGCUGCAAAUGUCGCCUUGCUACACUCUCGUCAUCGCCUCCUGCCGAGGUUCGACGAGGCGAUGCACAGCGAUACUCUGAACGAUUGCACCAUUCUCGGCGAACGCCUCUACCUCGCCUCACUCGCCGACAACAAGCACUGCAACGGCGAGCGCGUCGUCCGCACACAGCAGGCGCGAAGUACAGGGGGAGCUGGUGGUAAGCGCCCUCGCCGCUCCUCCCCGGCGCCUUUCCUCGCUCCGUUGUCACCGAUGGCCCCGACAACGACCUCGCACGCAUCCGGCGCACGCUCCAGACCGUGGAGCCCGCCCAUGUGUCCGAAUUCCCGACCGCCCUCCAUGCGCUCCCUCGCGACGGCCUCCACCUCUGCCGGACCCUCGUCGACAGAGCUCUCCCCCAUCGACGUCCGCUCAAACGACGCGUCCGAGCCUGCGACCGCCGACAACGCCUCCGAGUCCUCGUCACAGGUGCAGCUCGAGGCCAUCGAGGACGCGAGGACGCGCGUCGCGGCGGCACACAUCUUUGCGAUCGGGGACGCGGCGGACGCGUUCGGUGCGGUGAACGCGGGGCACAAUACGUUCUUCCAGGGCGAAGCUGCGGCGUGGAACGUCAUCCGGCUGAUCAAGCGGGCUGAGCGCGAGGAGAGGGCUGAGGCGGAGGUUGCGUCGAGGGAGGUUGUCGAGUCGGUCGGGCAGGACUGGGAGGGUGAGAAGGAGGAGAAGACGGACGAGGAGGACCUCGCGCUGGAGAAGUACACCCCGGGCGCGCGGGUGAUCAAGGUGUCCCUCGGUCUGACGAAGUCAGUCUACCAGUGUCAGGGCAUCAUCGGCACGCGCGAUCAGGAACAGGCCGGCGUCGACAUCCACAUGAUGUGGCGCUACUUCGGGUAUGAGGGGACCUCGACGCGGACCGUCCGGACGAGGAGAUCCCGGGCGCCGUACCGCGACCGGUGUAUGCGACGAAGGAGGUCACGGCGGGAUGUCGGAAGUGGCGAGUCGGCACGAUGGGGCAUUCCGGGUUCCGGUGUUCAGCAAGUUCUCUUCCAUGAAUGUCCAUCUGCGUUCACUCGCGCGGGGCACCACACCGCCGCCACCGCCGCGUCAGCCAUCGUGCGCGAAGUCACGCUUGCCUCCGAACAACUGUUGAAGCGCGAGCGUCACGGGCCGAGAAAGACAAUUAAUGAAAGAAGUUUUGCUCGUGAAAUUCCCUCCCAUACCAUUUCCCCUUUACCGCUAUGGAUCCAAAUCUCCACGUCCACCCGUCUACUGCUGGGAGGCCACGCGCUGGCCACGAUCUCCGCCACGCGCUUCCCCAAUGCGGCCGCGGCCUCGGGUUCCAAGACGGCGUCUCCCUCCGACUCAGGGUUCCCCAUGCGGAAAGUGAAACACGCCGACUCUACGCGUGCGAAUGCAGCACCGGAAGUGAGCCCUGCGAGUUUGGUGAUGUCCGCGGCCGAUGCGCUCGUCAGGGCGACGAGGGGAUAUAUGGGGAAGGAAACGUCCUCCGUGGUGAGAUGGCUUAACCUGGGGAGUGCAGCCAAUGUACGACGGAAGAGCGUGAAAGACGGAAAUUUGCUGUCCGAUAGCUCCAACCUCGUGAGAUGGGUGAAGGCUGAGAGACAUGCAGCUGCGUGCUGCGCUUGA